UGCGAAAUACCCAUGUGAUUUUAAUUAACCAAUCACGUUGCUUGUUUGGUAUAUUGGAGUCUACAGUGUAUUCUUGUUGGAAGGGAAUAUAAGGUUCUUGUAAGGGGAACAUUUCUCUUACGAUAUGCCAAAAAAGGAGUCGAAAAAGGAAACGGCUGUGACGAAAAAUAAAAGCAGUGCAAAGACAGGUGCCAAAGAAAGUACGGAGAAUGCAGAAUCAGAGGCAAAGAAAAAAGCGCAGACGCAAAAUAACACAACAGAACACCCACCCCCAACACAAAUAUCAAAAUUGAAAUUCACAGGCCCUCCUCACAUUAAGAAAGACAAACGACAGAAUUCUUCACGCUUCAACAUUACAAAAAAUCGAGAACUGCAAAAACUUCCUCCUCUCAAAGAUGCAACGCCCGCAGAAAGAGAGGAACUGUUCAUUCAGAAACUGAGACAGUGCUGUGUUCUUUUUGACUUUGUUCAAGAUCCUCUAAGUGACUUGAAAUGGAAGGAAGUGAAAAGGGCAGGCUUAAACGAAAUGGUGGAAUUUGUCACCCACAAUCGGGGAGUUGUCACAGAUGCCAUAUAUCCAGAAGCUAUACAAAUGUUUUCAUGUAACUUAUUUCGAGCAUUACCGCCCUCCUCAAACCCUAGCGGCGCAGAAUUUGACCCAGAGGAAGAUGAGCCAACAUUGGAGGCCGCAUGGCCCCAUCUACAGUUGGUGUAUGAAUUUUUCCUGCGGUUUUUAGAGUCGCCGGAUUUCCAGCCUAACACGGGGAAAAAGUACAUAGAUCAGAGAUUUGUACUACAGCUGUUAGAGCUAUUCGAUAGUGAAGACCCCAGGGAACGAGAUUUUCUGAAGACGAUAUUGCAUCGGAUUUAUGGGAAAUUUUUAGGACUGAGAGCAUAUAUUAGGAAACAAAUAAACAAUAUGUUUUAUAGGUUUAUUUAUGAAACUGAACAUUGCAAUGGAAUAGCAGAACUUUUGGAAAUAUUAGGCAGCAUCAUCAAUGGGUUUGCGCUACCCUUGAAGGAAGAGCACAAGGUGUUCUUACUCAAGGUUCUGUUGCCCCUGCACAAAGCCAAAUCCCUCAGCGUCUACCACCCACAACUGGCCUACUGUGUGGUACAAUUCCUGGAGAAGGACCCCAGCCUAACAGAGCCGGUCAUCAUGGGACUUCUAAAGUUUUGGCCGAAAGUCCAUAGUCCUAAAGAGGUGAUGUUUCUGAAUGAGCUGGAGGAAAUUCUGGAUGUGAUAGAGCCCGCAGAAUUCAAUAAGAUCAUGGUUCCACUCUUUAAACAAUUAGCGAAAUGUGUAUCCAGUCCUCACUUCCAGGUGGCUGAGCGAGCUCUGUAUUUCUGGAAUAACGAGUACAUCCUUAGUCUGAUUAGCGAUAACGCGUCCACAAUCCUGCCAAUCAUGUUUCCGGCUUUGUAUAAGAGCAAGGAACAUUGGAACAAAACGAUUCAUGGGCUGAUCUACAAUGCUUUGAAGCUUUUCAUGGAGAUGAAUCAGAAAUUGUUUGAUGACUGCACGCAACAGUACAAGACAGAACGGCAAAAGGAAAAAGAAAAGAACAAGCAAAGAGAAGACAACUGGUGUAAAGUUCAAAAUUUAGCUAUGGGAAAUCCGCAAUUUAAGCAGUUUGCUUAUGUAAAAUCGGAGAAAUCAGGAAAUCCUGGGACUCCCAAUAGUUUAGAAGACCUGGACGGCGACAUAAUGGCAAAUUUUGAAAAGUUACAAAAAGAGGCAAGCGAGCUCUCCUCGAUAACGAAGAAAAAAGGGAAAGAAAAGCCCCUUCUUCGUCGAAAAUCAGAACUACCACAUGACAUAAGCAUGAUACGGGCGUUGGAGUCUCACAAGCGCAGUGAAGAAUAUCUGUCUACCUCUGCUGAGAGUCAGAGUGCAAACUGAGACACAAAACACGUGACCUUAUGCCAUAUUGAGGACCAUAAUGCAAAAAAAAAAAUGGAGGUCAAUUAGUGUACCUGAUUACUGCAAGUCAAUCACAUAGCUGUGUUUUGGGUUUUCCCCUCUAUCUCUGGUGUGUGUGUAUGUAUGUGUGUGUGUGUGUGUGUUUGUUAGCGAGCGCAAGUGACCAAGUGUUAUGAAUUUUUAUUUUGUAGUAGACCACAUUAAAAAUUGGAAAAUAUGAGUUAUCAGAGAUACAUAUUUAUAACAAUUAUCUAUAUUCUUGAUAUUUUUAUGGUGUAUAUAGUUGUGUAUGUUAAUUUUCAUUGGUUGUCGAUUUUUUUUAAAGACUGUUUAAGGGAACAUGACAUAAUGAUGAGAACACACAAGUUCUUGUCUUGUCAUGGAAAGAAGACAGAUAGUUCUGGUAAAAGGUUAUUCUGCAGUAAUCAGGAACAGAGAUUUGCAGUACAUGUACAACUUUCACUGACUGGCAGUAUGUCAUGGGGGUACCGGUAUUGAAGAGAUGAAUAUCUCAAGGCCCUGACUCUGGUGUCACCCAUUUUGCAGAAAAUGGGGUCUAUUUAUAGUAACACUGUGAUAGGACCAUUUCCCCUUGCCCCUGCUUUUUUUCUUUUUUGCUCUGCAAGAGUCUAUUGACCAAUAAUAUAUUUUUUUCUUUUAAAAUUGAUAAAGAUAUGUAGUGCUUGAAUUAACUAUGCACAUAAGUAUUUUCUUUUCUUUUUUUUUUAAUUUCUGAUCUAGAUAUAAACUGUGUUUGUGAUCUGUAAGAGGUUUCAGUGAAAGAUAAGGGUAAUAAUGAAUGGAGGAACCGUGGAUGAAUGAUAGAAAUGUGUAUUUUGUCUUGUAAACAGAAGACAUGUUUAAUAAGCAAGAGUAGCCUCCCCAUUACGAUUGUUGACCUUAAAUUGUAUGCAACUUGCAUGAUUUGUUCAAGACUAAAAAAAUUUUUUUUUUUCACCUUACCUAAUUGUAUACAUUUUUUUAAUCAAAGAAGGGAAGUUAAGUGUGAAAAAAAACUUGUACUUAUUAAGAUAUAAAUGUUGCAUUCCAGAAACAUCCCACAUAGAUUUUUUCCUUCAUUUAUUCCCUGUGUGUAUUGUUCUUGAGCAAGAAAACUGUGAUACAAUCUGGUCAUCUUCUGUUUUUUUUGUGUGUACAUGAUAUUGUCUAAUUACAUUGUUAAGAAACAUGAUGGCUUUGUGUUGAUACAAUGGAAUGGCCUGAUAAAUUGUCAAUAUCUUUAAAAUUACCAAUUAUUUCUUAAUUCCUAUCAUAUAGUGAAAGAGAUUAAGGAAACCUUGAAACUGUGAAAAUUGUAAUGCUAUUUUUAGAAAUAAACUAACAUAUCACUGUAAUGAC